GCCGCACCGCACUGCCUUAACCGAUGCGAUGCACUCGCGACACUAGCCAUUCCAAAUUUGAAAUUUGAAAUCGUUUUACUUUUUAUACGGCGCCCGCGCGAGAUUCCCGUGCCUCUACUCUACAUACAUUUCUGUCCGCCCGGCUGUCAGAUUUGCGCGCCAUUUUUUCCGAUUGUGUUUUAUCUGUGCUAGUUUUAUUUCUGUGAAUGCACACCGGUUGAUCUGUAGGUCUGUUCCGGAGGAAACGAAGGAGCACAGGAUGUCCCAAAACUGUAAAUCCACAUAUUCCGCUGCGACCACACGGGAUGCGAACAACAACACCCUGUACCACGGGGGUGCAGUGCAAUAUGGCGGCAGGGGGUACAACCCGCCGAGCAGCAAUGGAAACUAUCAGCAAGUGACGGCGAAAGUAUUGUUCGGCAGCGUGACGGCGAUCAAUGACCUCAAACGGCAGGAGAACAACGAGCGCGAAGUGCGGCGGGCGCACUAGCGACAUCUAUCGAAAGAUGCUGUUGUGAUACGAAAAUAUGGAAGCUAAGGAAGUGAUCUCGGAAUACAGAAUUUUAUUACCGUAUCUAAUAAUGAAGUUAGCUAUAUUUUAUACAAUAUAUUAUAGUUAUUGAUAUACCCAUAUGUCUAUUAUAUGUUAAUGUAUUAUACUGCGUGCGCUGUAGCAUGGUGCGGGUGACAGUUGUUUUUAACAAUUUAAAAAAAUCUUCACUGAUUUCCGAAAAACAGCAAUAUUCAUAACAUUAAUACUAGAUUUAAAGACAAACUUGCUGUCCCCAAGUAUCAUUUAAAAAAAGUCAAUAGGUAUUUUAUGGUAAUAG